AUGUCUUUCCCGAAGUUGCUACUUUCGCUGCUUCUUCUGCUCCUAUUGGACGUGUGCGAAGGUCGCGCGAAGGGGAGCAAGCAAGCCACCUUUUUCCUCAGCCAUUCGGUUGUCCCGCGGGAACGAAGGAGAUGCGCCUCCAGGGAACGGAAGCCGAGGAAGGCAGGGAAGGCGGGGAAAGCGGCGAAGGGAUGCGAUGAAAAUAGCGGGGAAGGCACCGGAGAAGGCAGCGGUAAACGCAUCGGUGACGGCAGCGGGGAACUCAUCACGGACGAGCCAAACCAAACGGACCCAAAGGAGCAAAGUCUCAAAAUUAACCAAUUCGAAGCGGAAGAGGUGAAAAUAAACUCAAACCUGAACGUCAACAUAUUUCGCAGUAGUAGCGAUACGACCUCUGCCUACGACGAGGGGAUCUGCAUCUACAACCUUCUGAAAGAUAUAGAGGUGAAGGACGUAAAGAGGAUGCCCAUAUUUGAUCAGAAGCUAGCCAAUGUCCAUCUGGAAAAGGAAAAGGACUACAUAAAGCUCAACCGAGGUGGGGAAAAAGACACCUAUUUGGAGAACCCCCUCAUAUACAAAGACACAAACUACCAACUGCCCUACAUCCUAAACUAUUAUCCAGACGACAUGUACAUUUUUAACUUCGACGGAGUGAUAAACAUGAAUAAGCAGGAAAAGAUUGUUGUCGCGUUUUUGACCUUUCUACGUUUAUUUCAGAGGAAGUUUGUGGGAGGAAGAGACACCUGGAAGGGGUACCACCCUUCUCUUCUCUUCAAUGGGAAGCCCAUCGAUGGUUUGGCCUUGUACAAUUUUGUCCAAUCGAGGAGUUAUCUCUUCACGGAAGGAGAGCCAAUCAGUGUUGUUCCCCCCCAGAGUGACGACCCCUUCAUUCUUUUGAAACUGAUCCCAAAGUUCCUUUACUCGAGAUUUCUCUAUCUAUACAAAUUUGUCAAAACAACAGAAGACUUAGUCAUUUCAAUUAAGUAUGUCUUUGACGAGAUCGAUGCGAUAUGCACUAAGCACAACUAUGACAUUAACGAGAUGCUGCGCAUUUGUCGAGAGAAGAACGUCAUGCAGGAGAAGCUGCAACAAGUGAGUGAGUAUCUCCACGGGGAGGAAAAGAAGGAGAAGCUCGAGGAAGCAAUUUCGAAGCAACCGCUAAUGGGGGCAGCAUCCCCAGACGGAACCCUAACCACGUCGCACAUGGAGCAGCGAGCCCAACAACACAUCUACAAUCUCGUGAAGGAAUUCACCAAAGGCACUUUCAACCCAUCCAAGAUCACCAAAUAUAAGAAGAUCGAGAAUUUGGUGAAUGUCUUCCCCAGCUUCCACUACGAUUUUGACGAUUUUUACAAAAAAAAAAUGAACCUCAAAUUGUAUCAGCGAUAUGGAGUCGAUCCGAAAUGGGUUCGAACCGAAUUUGAAAGAACGAGGAGAUUACUGCUGACGUAUGAGGAAGAUGCGUAUACCCACCUGAUGCAGUAUCGUUACCCUUGUGAAGCGCUAAGUGAGGAGGAGAGGCAGAACCACAGGACGUUUAAUCUAUGUGCAGUCGAUGUGAUUAAUCAUAACAUAAAUGUUUUUAAAAAACCCAUUUAUGUCGUCUCUACGAUGGAGAAUGCCGAUUAUAUUGAAUACACUCUCAAACUGUUUGGCGUUAACAUUUCUAAUAAGGAGGAUUCCCACCUUCUUCGCAUUUUUGGGAAAGACUACCUUAAGAAGGAGGAAGAUUCCUUGGGCGAGGGCGACUCCAACCCGGUCAUCGCCAAUUUGAAGAAGCUCUUCAAGUCACCCUACUUCGCAGGGAAAGAGGCUUCCCCAAAGGGAGGACAGCAGGGCGAUCUUCAGGAUGAUUAUCUGUACGACCCAUAUAAUGUCGAUCUGGAAUAUCUCAAACACCAGGAGAAGACGAAAAAAAGAGACUACCACUUUCUUAACCACAGGUAUUACCUCGACAUCCUGAGGAAGAAGUGUGACUUGAUUAACUUCGUUAUUGAGAGGUACCAUCGAGACGAUGUUUCUAUCCACAUAAUUGACCACAAGUAUGAAGAUCUCAAUGCCAUGUGCAAUGAUAGUCGCUUCAGCAAAAAGGUUCGUCUGUACCUUUGCGAAUGGGGUUACAACUCCUAUGCUGACCGGCUGAAGGCAGUCCAUAACGACCGAGUGAAAUCCUUUUCCAAAUCGUUUAAGCUCGUAUGCUUGUGUUGGACGCCGCAGGACAGUCCACGCCGCGAGCACACCCACGGCCGGGGCCUUCCCACCGACUUCUACACGAAGUUUAUGCUCAAGUACCUCGUCCGAAAGGGGCUCCUCACCCGGACGGAGGCCGGCGCGUAG